UCACGCGAGUUUGAUACAAGAUUCGAACUACUGAUUCGAUGCGUAAAUGUUUUGAAGCUUAAAAAGAACACUGCUGCACAGUUUCACUUUUUAGAGUGCUUGUUUUACAGUGCCACUUUAAAAUGAUUGAAAGAGACUGUCAGUUUGUCUGAAAUACACUGAUAAUACCAAAAAAAUGCAAAAGCUAUAAGUUGUGAUAUUAGACAUAUUGAGGUAGGCUGGUAUUCGCAAUCGUGCUGCUGUGCUGAUGGAGCGGACGUGCUCGUUGCCACGGAAACGGGAUGCGGGCAGGAGGACGAGAGCGUUUGAAAGCAUCUCCAGUUGCGUGCUGAUGUAGCGACAUCCUACUAACCUACAUUUCAACCUGAAAGAGGCAAUGGCGGCCAACGGAAGAUUUCCCCAUUGACAUAUGAUGGUCUACUGCGGAGAAACGGAACAUAAACGUCCAAUAUGAAGAGUAUGGAGCAGGAAUUGCAGUGUCCUGUGUGCAAGGACAUUGUGAAGCAGCCAAUUGUACUUCCCUGCCUGCACAGCGUGUGUCUCAUGUGUGCCUCUGAGGUGCUGGUUCAGAGCGGGUAUCCCCAGCCCGAGCUCCCCCCAGAGCCCAACUCACCCGCUUCCACCCCCAACACGCGGUCCCCGCGGCAGAUGCGUAGACCCUUGCCCAAGUCUGACCGUGUGGACCGGCUGUUGCGCUCAGGCUCUGGGACGUACCCAGGUCGCAGGCGAAAGGAAGGCCCUGCAACUGUCAUGCUUUUCCCUUGCGCCCCCUGUGGGCGAGAUGUAGAACUUGGUGAGAGAGGAUUGGCUGAAUGCAUGAGGAACCUUACACUGGAGAGAAUUGUAGAAAGAUACAGACACACAGUGAAUCUGGGCAGUGUGGCUGUGAUGUGUCAGUUCUGUAAACCCCCACAGGCCCUGGAGGCCACUAAAGGUUGUUCAGACUGCAGAGCCAGCUUCUGUAACGAGUGCUUCAAACUCUACCACCCCUGGGGGACUCCCCGCGCCCAGCACGAACACGUUCAGCCCACCCUGAACUUCAGGCCAAAGGUGUUGACAUGUCCAGAACAUGAUCAGGAGAGGCUGCAGUUUUACUGUAAAUCAUGUCAGAUGCUUCUUUGUUCACUUUGUAAACUGCGCAGAGUCCAUGCGGGUCACAAGAUUGCGCCUGUCACCCAAGCCUACCAGAGUCUCAAGGACAAGAUCACCAAGGAGCUGAACUACAUUCUGUCCAAUCAGGACAUGGUGUUGACUCAGAUCACUCAAUUGGAGAGUGCUGUCACUCAAACUGAGGUGAACAGCGUAUCAGCCAAAGAGCAGCUCUCUCACUGCGUGAAGGAGAUAAUGGCGCUGCUAACUGAGCGACAGACAAUGCUGGCUCAGGCUCUGGAAAGCUCACGGCAGAGAAGGGCAGAGGCCUUGGCCAAUCAGGUGGCUGAAAAACGCAGCCUGCUGGAGCACGCCGGCUUGAUGGCUUUCACUCAAGAGCUGCUCAAAGAAAAUGACCCAUCGAGUUUUGUGCACGCAGCCAGAUUAACACACAACAGAUUGGCCCAGUCUAUUGAAUCUAUGCAGCGUUUCUCUCUCUCUGCCGACCCCUCGUUCCGUCACUUCCAGCUUGAUGUUUCCAGAGAGCUCAAACUCCUCACAGACCUGAACUUCAUUCAGGCCCCUCUCGCUCCUGUGAUCGACACCCAGCGAACCCUUGCCUACGACCAGCUCUUCCUCUGUUGGCGGUUGCCUCAAGACUCCACUCCUGCCUGGCAUUUUUCUGUGGAAUUCCGGCGGCGUGGGGUGGUGCCAGGGGGCGGGGCAAGAGGAGGGAUUCAUGGGGGAUUGGCUGCCGCUCGCUGGGGCUGGCAGAGAUUGGAGGAGGUGACCGGGACCUGCGCGGUGAUUGACAGGCUGGAGAUGGACAGUGUGUAUGUGCUGAGGGUGAGAGGCUGCAAUAAGGCCGGCUUCGGAGAAUACAGUGAGGAAGUAUAUUUACACACACCACCAGCUCCAGUAUUGAAUUUUUACCUGGACUCUCGUUGGGGUCUGCAUGCGGACAGACUGGUGGUGAGUAAGGAGCAGCGCUGUGCCCGCAGUGUGCCUGGUCUGUCCCUGCUGCAGGCCGCCGAUCGGGCCCUCACUUCCUGUCACCUGACAGCGGAUCUGCUCGUGGGUGACGUGGCCAUAACGCAGGGCCGACACUAUUGGGCAUGUUCAGUGGAGCCCGGCUCAUAUCUGGUCAAGGUUGGAGUGGGCCUGGAGUCCAAACUUCAAGAGUGGUUUCAUCUGCCUCAAGACAUGGCUAGUCCAAGAUAUGAUCCAGACAGCGGCCAUGACAGUGGAGCUGAGGAUUCGUCAGAUUCCCCUCCCCCUUUCUCUUUCCUCACAAUGGGCAUGGGCAAGAUCUACCUGCCCUCCUCCCCCAACUCCCAUCACGCCAAUGCUAAUUACCGAGAGUCUGGCUUCACUAAUGGCAACGGCCCUUCUUCGCCAACUGGCGUCACCUAUCCGUUGCCUCCGAGACUAGGAAUUUGUCUCGACUUUGAGAAGGGCCGGGUCACAUUUUACGAUGCCCACUCUCUCCGACCACUAUGGGAGGGACCUGUGGACUGCUCCGCCCCUGUGUGCCCUGCAUUCUGUUUCAUUGGAGGCGGAGCUCUGCAGCUACAGGAGCUGGUAGCCAAUCGCAACGCAAAUCAAACCCCUGUAAGACGAGUCACCAUUCAAUCACGUGUUACCAAACUGAACUGAACUCUGAUUGAUUGUUUUUAUAAUUCGAUUUUAAGAGAUGGUUGUUUUUAAUUGCACCCAACAUAAACCUCUGCUUAUUUUUCUUUUCCUAUUGAGAGGCCUUUAUUGCUGCAUUGCUUGCUCAAUUAUAAACCUCUUCAACUGAAUUAUGAAUUUGGUGAUGCCACUUAUAUACCCAUGAAAAUGCAUAUUCACCUAUAUAUAUACACACACACAAUAUAUAUGGAAAAAUAUAUAUUUCCCAACCAAUCUCUCUGUGUAGGAAAUGUGCCUCAACGUUUUUUUUAUACUAGUUUUCUUCCACACUGUGUAUAUUAUAGUGAUAUAAUAUACCUUGUAUUAAAGUGUUUUUGUUUAUUAAUCUCCAAACAGAGCAGAAAUUCCAGACUGUUACACAAGGCCUCAUUUUAUAACCCACAGUGCUAUCAUAAACAUCUGCUCUUUUAACCUCUAGCCAUGUGCUGUCAAGACAGAUCUGUCAAACUCUUUCAGCUGUCAACUUGAGCAUUUACAAAGAUAUUUACUCAACAUACGUCUAAUGCCAGACCAAAUGCUUCUCGCUGCUGUUUUGCCUUAGAUGGUUAAGAAGAAUUUUGAUUUGUUGAAAUAUGUGGCUUCUAGACUGCAGUUGGUAUAUAAAAGGACUUUUUCUUAGGGCACGCUCACCUUGUAGCUUACACAAAUUGUUGUUUUGAAUUCCCAUAUGCUAUUGGACAACUGGAAAAUAUUUAAAGCUUAAAUUAAUUAAGUGAAGCUUCUUAAGAAUGAAAAUCUUUAAUGCAAUAGAUUGGAAGUGCACUGCUUAACUCAAUAUUUAUGUGAUUAAAAAUGUAUAUGUGUGUGAUGCACAAAUCUAACUAUUAUAAAUCACCUUAUGCAAAUUCAUACUAAAGCUUGUAGAGAAUAUUUUUUAAGAGUUUGAAUCAUGUGCUUGAUUUCAGUCCAGCUUAAAGCUUUAGAGUGUAGUUUGAAUCUUGCUGGAGAGAAUGGUGGCUUUUGCCUGCUGGUAAUAAAUAAUUAUAAUAAAUAAUGAAACUGAAAAUGAAA